UACACGCACGCUCGCCUGCUGCAUUGUUUAAGCGUAGCCAUGGGGUGUGGUGUGCAAACGUAGCACUGCCUUCUGCUUCCGCCCACCCUGUCUUCCUUCCAUUCUUGAGAUCCAUAUCUCUCCCGCCUCCGCUUACUCCGCUCGCCCACAAGCCAAAAUACCACCCCCUUUCCUCAAACUUGUCCUCCUCCUCUGCUGCUUUCAUUUUCCUUUACUUCUUCUCCUUCGUCUUCUUUCUCAUCCCACAAGCUAGUCAGAAUCCGAGGGAAGGGAAAGAACGGAUCUCUUCCCUUUCCCUGUCAAUGUAACACCUGUUUCCCUUGUUCCGUACGUUUUUCUUCUCCUUCCCCUCGCCUGCUGCAGCAUGGGAUAGGCUGAGGGUACAUGGUGUCUCUUUGUCCGAUCUUUCUCUAGUCUGUUCAUGGAGUCCAAGAUUCCGACGAACGUGUGCUGCCACGCCUGAGCUGCGCCUUCAUUACCGUUUGUUGCUGCGCGCAAGCCUGCUGCUUCUUCCCCUGUCGUCGUGGUCGUUGGAAGAGUAAGCACCAAAGAGUAUGGAGGAGGAGGACGGGAAGAAGGUCUCGGGGUGUGGCCUUCUCGUCCUUUACAAUAACAUCUUCCGCCGCGGGACCGCGAGCUCGAGCCCCGGGCACCCCACCUCGGCCGCCGAGAGCCCCAAGCUGACGGCGUCCGACUCCAAGCGCCGACGCGCCGCGUCCGACGAGGCCUCCCUCCUGGUGCCCGCGAACGCGUCCCAUUUGCCCGUCGCGCCGGCUCCGCAGAAUCCCAAGGCGGUCGCCCCGGGCUACCUCAAGGCCUCCGGAAGGCCGGCUGGCGCGCCCGCGGGCAGCGCGGGCCGCGCGCGCAAUCUCGGCCUUGCGGGAGAGCUCGACAGCAUGAUUAACGAUCACCAGCGCUCCAUGGGCAGCAGCACCCUCGUCCGCGCGUCCUCCGGCAACGUCAUGGUCUUCAGCAACCUUGGCAACAUCCGGGCGCCCGGCGCCGUCACCCCCAACCGGAACGUGCUCGAUUUCCUGCCCAAGACCGCAAGCGAGAAAGGGGGGAUCCCCGACGGCAACCAAGGGCGCAGGUACACCAAUGGCCCCGCAGGCCACGCCCCGAACAGCAGCGCCGUGGAGGUCGCGGCGCCCGAGGGGUUGUGCCGGGCUCUGUCAAAGAGACUGGAGCCGGAGGAGCUGAAGGAGAUGGGCAACGAGGAGUACAAGAAGGGGAGAUACGCCGAGGCGGUCGCGCUCUACGAUCGCGCCAUUCUUAUCGAUCCGGACAAAGCAUCGUACUGGAGCAACAAGGCUGCUGCCCUCAUGGCCAUGGGCCACCUUCUCGAGGCCGUCAGUGAUUGCAGAGAAGCAGUACGCAUCGAUCCUUCUUAUGCCAGGGCGCAUCGGCGAUUAGCUACAUUGUAUCUCAGGUAUGCAACCUGCAACUCGGACAUCAUGCUCUUCCUACUUGGGAUCUUUGAUCUGUGAUGAACUCGUCUUAGGUUGGGAGAAGCUGAGAAGGCAAUCCACCAUUUCAAGCUAGCACGAAAUGAGACGAGCUCCGAGGACAUUGCGCAAGUACAUCGCCUCCAAAACCAUCUCUCCAAGUGCAACGAAGCCCGCAAGCUACGGGACUGGCACUCGGUGCUGAAAGAAGCUCGAUCUGCUGUAUCUUCCGGUGCCGAUUCAUCUCCCCAGGUCUCUCAGCUACACUCUCUUACUCAUGCAGAGAUGAUGCACUUCGGAUUGAUAUAUCUAUCCGAGCUACUAAAUCUUGUCUGUUGUGUUCCAAAGAUCGUGGCUGCUCAUGUAGAGGCCCUCCUGGCGCUCGGCAGGCAGGAGGAGGCAGAAACGACAUUGAAUUGCGCCCCAAAGUUCAACAUCGAUGCGUCUACAAAGUUCUUUGGGGGUUCCAGAAGUGCACAUCUGCUCUCAGUCAGAGCACAGAUUCACUUGGCUGCAG